AACCUCCCCUCUUCACUUCUGAAAAAAUAUCCCAAAGAAAAACACGUCAGCCAUAGAGCUCCCCACCCGCGAGGGCGAGGUCUCCCGACCUCUGCACACCCUGGACCUCCUUGGGGCUGUGUCCAUGUCCCAUCUUGACGCGCCUACACCCCUACCUCAUCCCAUGCCGCCACCGCGUGAGAAACCGCAAGCAGUGCUUGAAUCACCACAGCCGCCGGCGCCGCUGAUGAUGUCGCCUCUGCUUCCGCUUUACAAGCAGCGAUCGUGGUCGCCAGACAUUUUCCGUGACGAGGCAUGGCUUAGGAGGAAGGGAAACAGCAAGAACAAGAGAAGCAAGAGCGUGACGGACGAAGACCUUGAUGAACUCAAGGCUUGUAUUGAGUUGGGGUUCGGGUUUGACUCCCCCGAGGUGGAUCAACGUUUGUCUGAUACUUUGCCUGCUCUUGGUCUUUAUUAUGCUGUUAACAAGAACUACAUCGACACCGUAUCAAAGUCGACGUCGUCUCCUUCGGCUGCAUCGGAUUGUGAUAGUAUUCCUUCCCCUAUAGGCAGCCCCCACACCAUCUUUGGCCCUGGUGACAAUCCACAGACUAUGAAGACAAGGCUGAGGCAAUGGGCGCAGGUGGUUGCUUGUUCCGUGAGGCAAAGCUCAUGAUGAGGAUGAUGGAUGCGUCGCAUAGCUCGAUAUGAUGAUAUUCAGGGUUGCAGGGUUAACAACAGAGAUAUCAAAACAAAAACCAGAGUUGUUAUCAGAGUAACCAAACAUCAACAACAAAAACAUCAACUUGUUUGAUAUGAUUCCCCAUACCCACCGACUUUUGUUUGAUUAGAAAUUAAAGAAAAGCAAUGUGAAAAACGCCCACAUUAAAUGGAAAAAGAAAAAAAAAACAAACCAGCCGCUAUUAGAUUGACUUUUCUUACUUAAUCAGGCAAUUUGAUAUUACUGUUUUAUUUUAUUACUUUACCUAGCUUCUGUCUGAACUAUGAUGUGAAAGGGUCAAAAGAUGUUUGCAGCUGGUUUUUUAACAUAUUUCUUCUACUUUAAA